GUCUGCUCUGCCUCUUUUUCUCCUUUGCAGCCGGAAGUGAACCCAGCCAUUUCCAACGCCUCCACCUGAAAAUUGAAAUUUUCCAGAUCUGCUAUCUUCUUCCCUCCCCUGCCGCCGGUUUCAGCUUGUGUGGGUGUGGAAUUUUUGACUUUUUUGUGGCGUGAAAGCUCCUCCAAUUUCCCGCUGGUCUUCCCCUCAAUCUGCAGCUCCAGCCUUGCUUGCUGAGGAUUUCUGGUAAGUUGGCUCCUCUAAUCUCCGAAAAAUUGGUUGAUUAAGUGCUGAUUUGUGAGUUUAAGUGGUUGUAUGAAAUGGGCUUGGGUUGUCCGAAAAUCUGCUGGAAGUGGGGGAUUGAUUUCCGGUAGCCUUGCAAUGAAUUUUAAGUCAAUUUAUGUAGAAACUCCUUUGUUGGGCUGCUGUGAUGAUGUCCUUGAUCGUCUUGUGACCCUAGCGCUUGGAUUAAGUCUUUUGUCUUGUGCGAUUAAGGUAGUGAGACCCAACGCAUGGGGAGCCCGGGGGAGUGACGAGCUAGACGGCUAGGCAUUUGUUGGACUUAGGUUUUUGUAGCUAGGCCGCUAGUCACCCAUGUUGAUUUAGAAAUUUUUGUGUACAGAACUCCUUUAGUAUAGUAAUGACUAAUUUCGAAUCUGCUCUGCUCUGUUCUUUUCCGUCGGCUGCUCUUCCUUGUUUGGGUGUGAGUUCUUCAAAAUUCUGGUAAGAGACAACCAUUAUAUUCUCUAUUUUUCCUUUCAUUGGCUUGGGUUACUCUAAGUUCCUCUUGUUCCUUCAAUUUUGGGUUAAUUCCGUGAGGCCCCUGCAGAAUUGCCGCCGGCCUUCCCCCAAACUGCAGCUCCAAUUUUUUGCUGCUAAAUUCUGGUAUGU